CACAUUAUUAGGUUAUUUUGGUAUUGCAUUAUAUUUGCAUUUGAAACAAAACCUCACCAAAAUAUAAUUAGCGGACAAAUAUGUUUACCAAAUCCUUAAGGAAACAUCAAUCUGGUAAAACAAAAAAAUUGUCUUUAAAGUAAUUUUCAUUAGAAUUCUAAAAAUCUUGACAACAAAAAUCAAUAAUUUCCCAACUUUUGUUCUUUCUUAUCCAUAAUUUUUGGUGGGCAGUAAUGUUUGAUUAUAGUAGUCAGCAAUCCCCUUGAGUUGCGUGCCUCAUUUUCCCAUCUUUCUUCUUCCUCUCUUUUUUUUUGAUCUGAUAAUUUUUAAUUUUUCACAUUCAAACAAAAAUAAAACCAAAUCAAAUUAAAAGCAAAAAAGAAAAAAAAUUUCAUUGCACCCAUUUCCAGAAGAACUUCAAAGAACAUCAAUGGAGUCUUCUGCUCAACGUCGGUUAAAAGCUAUUCAAUCCCAUCUUCUUACUUUUUCCACCGAUGAUGAUCCUGCCUCCAUUAUCAUCCCUUCUCAAACUGCUGGAGAAUUUUACCAAGGUGAAAAGUAUAGUGUAGUCCUUCCUGAAAAGUUACAGACAGGAAAAUGGAAUGUGUACCGGUCUGCUCGCUCCCCCGUGAAGCUUGUAAAUAGAUUCCCAAACCAUCCAGAGAUUGGGACAUUGCAUGAUAAUUUUGUACAUGCAGUUGACAGUUUCCCAGACUACAAGUACUUGGGUACAAGAGUGCGAGUGGAUGGAACAGUUGGAGAGUACAAAUGGAUGACUUAUGGAGAAGUUAGUAAUGCUCGUUCAGCUAUAGGAUCUGCCCUUCAGAAUUAUGGUCUAUCGAAAGGCAUGAGUGUUGGACUCUAUUUUAUCAAUAGACCAGAGUGGAUAGUUGUGGAUCAUGCCUGCUCGGCGUAUUCAUUUAUAUCAGUUCCCUUGUAUGAUACACUUGGUCCAGAUGCUGUAAAAUAUAUCGUAAAUCAUGCUGAUGUGCAGGCCGUCUUUUGUGUUCCAGAAACAUUGAAUUCUUUGCUGAGCUUUUUGUCGGAGAUUCCAACUGCGCGUGUUAUAGUGGUAGUGGGAGGGGUGGAUGAACACUUGCCAUCACUUCCUCAGGCAUCAGGGGUUAAGCUUAUAUCCUAUUCAAAGCUAUUGAGUCAGGGCCGAGCAAGACUUCAGCCGUUUUGCCCUCCCACCCCUGAUGAUAUUGCUACAAUAUGUUAUACUAGUGGCACAACUGGGACACCGAAGGGAGCUGUUUUGACACAUGGAAAUUUAAUUGCAAGUGCUGCCGGCAUGAGUAUCCCCACCAAAUUUCAUCCUACUGAUGUUUAUAUAUCCUAUCUUCCAUUGGCACACAUAUAUGAACGAGCGAACCAGAUCCUGUCAGUCUACUAUGGUGUUGCUGUCGGCUUCUAUCAAGGGGACAACUUGAAACUGAUGGAUGAUCUGCUGGCAUUGCGUCCGACCAUUUUUUGCAGUGUUCCUCGACUCUACAACAGAAUAUAUGCUGGGAUUAUCAACGCUGUAAAGACUUCCGGGGCUCUUAAAGAAAGGCUCUUCAAUGCUGCUUAUAGUUCAAAGAAGCAAGCGAUAAUGAAUGGGAGAAACCCAUCACAAAUCUGGGACAAGCUAGUAUUCAAUAAAAUUAAGGCGAAGCUUGGCGGCAGAGUUCGCUUCAUGGGUUCUGGUGCUUCACCACUGUCGCCUGAUGUCAUGGACUUCCUGAAAGUGUGCUUCGGCUGCCAAGUGAUUGAAGGAUACGGUAUGACUGAGACCUCCUGUGUCAUAUGCUCGAUGGAAGAAGGAGACAACUUGUCAGGUCAUGUUGGUUCCCCUAAUCCUGCUUGUGAGGUAAAAUUGGUCGAUGUUCCUGAAAUGAAUUACACAUCUGAGGAUCAGCCAUACCCUCGUGGUGAAAUAUGCGUUCGGGGGCCCAUCGUAUUCAAAGGCUACUUUAAAGAUGAAGUCCAAACGAGAGAAGUAAUUGAUGAUGACGGUUGGCUUUACACUGGAGAUAUAGGGUUGUGGUUACCUGGAGGCCGCCUCAAGAUAAUUGACAGGAAAAAGAAUAUCUUCAAACUAGCACAAGGAGAGUACAUAGCACCAGAGAAAAUUGAGAACGUAUAUGCUAAGUGCAAAUUUGUAGCACAGUGCUUUGUCUAUGGUGAUAGCUUAAAUUCCUGUUUGGUAGCUGUUGUCUCUGUCGAUCCAGAUGUUUUGAAGGAUUGGGCUUCGGGGGAGGGCUUGAAGUAUGAAGAUUUAGGGCAGCUGUGUAAACAUCCAAGAGCAAAGGCUGCAGUUCUUUCUGAGAUGGAUGCUUUGGGAAGGGAGGCUGGGUUGAGAGGGUUUGAGUUCGUCAAAGCUGUUACCUUGGUACCUGAACCAUUUACUGUCGAAAAUGGUCUUCUCACUCCAACAUUUAAGGUAAAGAGACCUCAAGCAAAGGUUUACUUUGAGAGAGAAAUAGGGGAAAUGUACUCUCUACUUUCAAAAGUUGAUCCAGCACAGUCAAAGUUGUGAUGGAAAUUGAUUCUGUGAAACAACAGUUCAGGACAAUAACCUAUUCGGAGCGGAGCGGGAGCAACUUAAUUGAUGCAAUCUUAUGCAGAAUAUAAAGAAGAAAGAAAGAGAAAAUUUGCCUGUAUUAUGCUAGCAUCAGUUGUAUUUCAUUCUAGUAUGACCAAGAUGUUAUAAUCAUUAGAUUUAUUUUUUGUGUGGGCUUCCUUCACCUUUCCAAACACAAAAGAGAAAAGAAGAGAAAGGUAUAUUAGCAGUUUUCUGGAAGGUGGCUAAUACUCAUAAAUCAUAAGAGUGCCUGCUAUGUUGUGAGGCUUGUUAAUGUUAUUUGAUUCAUGCCUGUUGUAAUAGGAUGCAUGUCUAUUGUCUAGUUGGUGGUUAAAAUAAAAUUCUACAAUUGUAUAUUUCAAAAGAUUUUACAGACUGUUACUUGAGUACCUUCCCUUCUUGGGUUGUAAUUAAUUAAUUAUGAUAAGGGUGUCGAUACCUUCUACAA